GAUUUGUAAUGAGAAUAAUAAGAAAAAUACUUUUUAAUUUUUUUUUAAGGGAAAUGAAUUAAUUAUCAUCAAUCAAAUUAUUGUUCCAUACAUCAACAAUAAAAGAGGGAGGAAUCGUCAACCAAAACCGACAUUUAGACUUAGAACCGGCCACUCUAGCUAGAGUAUGAGCAACCCUGUUCGCAGAACGUCUAAUAUGUGAAAAUGAAAUACUACUAAAUUCCUUGCUUGCUUCUCUAAUGUCAUCUGCCAGAAGACCCAAUGAAGAUAUACUCGAUCCCUUCCGGAUUUCAGAAAUUGCCCAAGUAGAAUCUGAUUCCACAUCCACCCGAUUCCAACUUGGUCCCUUCAGCCAGCUAAGUGCCUCACGGAUACCAAUCAGUUCAGCUUCAAUCGGUGAGAAUUUCCCCCAACAAGAAGCAACUCCUCCUGCAACGAACAUCCCUUCUUCAUCCCGCAGCACCCAACCCCAACCGCAUCUUUCUCCCUGGAGUGAAGCGUCAACAUUAAGCUUCAAGCGACUUGUAGAAGGUUUCUGCCAUGAGGAUGGACCAGCAACUGUCCCGGCUACGGGCUGACUUCCAGCGGCCUGCGCUAGUUGCCAACCUUCAACAAAAGUUCUGGCCCGGUGCACCACUUGACUCGUUGCAGCCAUUUCCCCCUGCCAAACUCUCUUGUUUCUCUCGCACCAGAUCACCCAACAUCCCCACACCCAUCACCUGUAAGUCCUCUUCUUUCCUAGUUCGGAAAUUUUGAGCUACCCACUCACAAAAAUCAUUCGACUGGUUCACACAAAAGCGCCCAGUCAUGUUCCAUACCUCUUUAGCUACCGAACACCUGAUAAAGAGAUGCGUCAAAGAUUCCCCUUCUUCUCCACAAAGACCACAUUUCUCCUGACAUUCCACCUUUCGGCGAUGCAAAUUCUCCGUAGUUGGAAGGCACCCUGUACACACCUGCCAAAAAAAGAAUUUUAUUUUAGGGGGGAAUUUCUAGUUCCAGAUCCUAGUCCACUCAAGUCCUCCUGCUACUUGAAACUCGCCAAUAAGGCGACGGUAAGCACUGGGGACAGAAAAGCAACCCCCUGGUUCCCACCUCCAAAUGCGUUUAUCAGACACCAAACACCUACUCAAAGAAAUCUGCCAAAUUAAUGCUCUAUCCCUGCUAUUAAGGACGUCCCUCAGAAUAUCAUCAUCCCAAAUUUUAGUUUCAUCAUUAAUAAGUCCAUUCACCAAAGCCGUUUCUAGCCCUUGAACUUUAUCUGAAGAUACUUUGGGAUUAUCCUCGUCAGGCAGCCAAGGCUCGUCCCAAAAGUUGACACACCUGCCAUCCCCAAUCCUCUAUUUGUAGCCCUCUCGAAUCAUAUCCUGCGUCUCAACUAAACUCCUCCAGAUAAAGGAGGGAUUGCCACCUAACCUGGCAGAUAGAAAAUCGCCUCCUUUAUAGUAGCGUGCUCUAAAAACCCGACCUACCAGUGAUCCGGGUUCUGAGAACAACCUCCAGGCUUGCUUUGCAAGCAUAGACAAAUUGAACUCUCUAAUCCUUUUAAACCCCAGACCACCAGCUUUUUUGGGCUUGCAUAGAGUCUCCCAAUUAGUCCAUCUAAUCCCUUUCCCGGAUUUCCCAUUCCACCAAUAGCCAUUCAUAAGGACUUCUAUCUCCCGACAUAGUUCUUUGGGUAAUAAAAAAACAUUCAUCGCAUAGGUCGGCAUCGAUUGAAUGACUGUUUUCAAGAGAAUUUCUCUCCCGGCUUUGGAUAGGAAGCGAUUAUUCCAAUUAUGAAUUUUUUUAAUAUUCUUUGUUUUAAAAAGUCUAGAAUUUGUUUUCUACUUUUACCAAAUAAGGCCGGUAGACCCAAAUAUUUUUCCUCGCCCCCGGCCAUCCCCACACCCAACAUGGAAAUUAGCAAGUCUCUACUAUCUUCAGCCACAUUGUUACUAAAGAAUAAUUUGGACUUGUGAAAAUUAAUCACCUGUCCAGAUGCCGCUUCAUAAUCAGUAAGCACCCGCUUGACAGCUUCCGCCUCUCUUUGGUUAGCCUGAAAGAAUAACAAGCUAUCAUCAACAAAAAGCAAGUGAGAUAUCCGUGGGGCUCCCCUGGCAAGUGGCAACUGCAACUCCAUGGAUUCGCCCUAUUGCUUCCUGCCGUCGAAUAAGGGCACUCAGGCCCUCUGCCACAAUAAUAAACAGAUAAGGGGAAAGGGGGUCUCCCUGUCUCAAACCCCUGGUCGGGAGAAUAGGUCCAAGCUCGGUCUCAUAAAAAGGAAUAGAGUAUGACACCGACCGCACACAUUCCAUAAUGAUCUGCACCCAUCUGCUAGCAAACCCAAGGCAUUCUAACAUCCGCUCUAAAAAAUUCCAUUCCACACGAUCAUAGGCCUUACUCAUAUCCAAUUUGAGUGCCGCAAACCCCACCUUACCUUGUCGCUUCCGCUUGAGGUAAUGCUGAGAUUUGAAGGCUAUCAUAAUAUUGUCGAUGAUCGAUCUCCCUGGAAUGAAGGCGUUUUGCUGCUCGGAAACACAUGUGUGCAAUAGGCCCUUCAUCCUAUUUGCUAAUAAUUUUGCAUAGAUCUUAUACACAACAUUGCAUAAGGCAAUGGGCCGCCAAUCUCCCAGAACUUCUGGGCAUUCUUUUUUUGGUAUCAAAACAAUAUUAGUAUGGUUCACAUGCUCCGGCAAUCUACCCGUCUCAAAGGUCGUUAUACAAAAUUCAACAACAUCCGGUCCCACCAAAUCCCAAAAGUGCUGAAAAAUCAUGGACUCAUUCCAUCGGGCCCGGGGGACUUAUCCGGGUACAUGGUGAAAAGUGCUGACUUCACCUCCUCUGCUUUGAUGGGGCGCAACAGCUCCAUAUUGUGAUGGUCAUUGAUCCUCCUGUUCACACAACUGGAGACAAAAUCAGAAUUCCCUUGAAUCGCUGUGAAAAUAUUAGUGAAAUAAUCACUAAUUAUUCUGCCAACUUCACCUCUGUCCCUAGGGCUGGGACUUUGGAACCAAGAACCGGAGAAUCGAACCGGACCGAACCGUUAUGACCCGGUUCGGUUCGGUUCCGAUAUUUAUUAGUUAUUUGUUAACGGUUCGGUUCCUAAUUUUUAUUAACGGUUCGGUUCUCGGUUCCUGAAAAAAAUAUGUACCAGGAACCGUUAAGAAACCGUUAUAUAUAAUAAUUAAAAUUAAAUAUAUUUUUUAUGAAUAUAUAUAUUGUAAUGUAUAUUUACUUAUUUAAUUUCAUAUUAUAUUCAUUAUUUUAGUUUAGUUAUAUAACUAUUUAAAACUAUUAUUUAUUUCAACCGGUUCUCUUAGGCUUCUUAGGCCUCUCAUUAGGUCCAAACUCCAGCUGGUCGGAACUCGGAAGGUCCAGAGUAUUUAAAAUUAUUAUUCUCUUUAACUGGUUCAGCAUAUAUGUAUUGAGAUUUUGAACGUUGAAUGUCUUUUUGGCAAAAAUUUAGUCGUGAUUUGUAAGAAUUUUUUCAAAGACUAGGAACCGUUAAAUGACAAGAACCGAACCGUUAAGAACGGUUCGGUUCCUUAUCGGUUCUUUAAAAUAAUUUAUAAGAACCGAACCGUUAGUAAAAUUUCAUAUUUUCAAACGGUUCCACAUAUUUUGCCUAGGAACCGAACCGGUCCCAGGCCUAUCUGUCCCUUUCCCACCUAUCACCAUCAAGCUUAAAUCUCUCAAUUCUAUUCUUCCUUCUUCGUUGUUUUACCGCAUUAUGAAAAAAGCGUGUGUUUAAAUCCCCUUGUCGGAGCCAAGACUCCUUCGCCCGCUGACGCCAAUAUUAGUUUUCUUUUUCCAAGAGUUCCAAAUAUUCUCCUUUAACUCUCCUAAAUUCUUCUAAUCCACAGGAGUCAGACCGGUAUCGUAAGGAGUUUAAUUUUCUCUUACAGCAAGAGAUACAUUUACCCCAAAGUCCAGAUUUGCCUCGGCCCCAUUCCCCGAUUGCUCGACUACAACCCUCAAUCUGCCCGACCACUCCAGCGCCUCUAAUUGCCAGCCAACUUCUUGCAACAACCUCUCGACAAUCAUCCUCUCUGAGCCAUACAUUUUCAAACUUAAAUUUCCGUCGUCGUUUAACUCCCCUUGUUGGAAUAAGCCGAAUAAAGAGAGCAAGGUGGUCAUUGGGAGAUCCUUCAAGAGACUCGGCUGCUGCAUCUCCAAAUCUGUCCAACCAAUCAUUAGAGACCAAAAACCUAUCCAGAUUCUCUUCUACCCAGUUUGGCGUGCCUCUCCACCGUUCCCAUGUGAACUGGUAACCCAUGAAUGGAAAGUUGUGCAAGCCACAAUCCCAGAGAGAUCGUUAAAAUCUCCUGCAAUUAGCCAUGGCAAAUGAGAACUUUCACUCAAAGAACGAAGCAUAUCCCAAGACUCCCUUCUACGAUGCCUCUCCGGGCAACCGUAGAAGCCAGUAAAACGCAAGGGGGGUCACCUUCCUCCAAAAUCACUCGCGCGUCUAUAAAGUUAUUUGAAGAGUUUUGAACCUGAACUUGUUACCCAUCCCCCCAUAAGAGGGCUAAGCCUCCACGGUGGCCUGAACUUUCCACCACAAAACUGAACUGCAUAUUAACCUUUCCACGUACCUCCUCAAUCCUUGCCAAAUUCGGAAAUGUUUCCAUUAAAAAAUACUAAACUAGGCCGCUUCAAGUGGACUAAAUCCACCAAUGCUUGAACUACCGCAGGGUUGCCAAGCCCUCGACAGUUCCAACUUAAGCAACUCAUGGUUCCGAGCGGGCCUGGCAACUAGGACCCGCCUCCAACACGUUUUUUGAGCAAGAUUCUUCAUUCUCCCAAGUCAAGUAAUCACCUUCUGAAAGUUCAGCUGCCUUGACCUUCCGCUUCUUCUGUAUCCCUACAGUUCCCGAGUUAGCCUCAUUGGUCCUCACAAUUAAGUUCCCCUCUGUCAACUUUACUGGAACAGUAUUGGUCGUUCCCACUUGAGCACAUUCCUUCCUAGAGGCCUCCUCUGAAAACUUACCAGAAGCACCGGUCGGUCUUCCGUUUGGAGCACCUUUCGUCUGCAUAAAAAAAACCCCCAUUGCCAUCCACCAGGUAUUUGCUACCUCUGUGCCCGUUAUCCUUUCUCCCCCCCCCCCCCCAUGUCGCAACCACACCCUAAAUGGUCUCUCCUGGUCAGCCGUAAAGCCUGUAAACCACUUAGGACAGUGCCUAUCAACAUGGCCCAUCAACCUGCAGAUGAAGCAGAAAUGCGGCAAUCUUUCGUAGUGGAAAUCAACCAACACACUUUCGGCCCCUUUCUUUAACUUCAUGCACUGUUUCAAUGGAACAGUUACAUCCAGCUUCACCCUUAUGCGCAUAAAUUCCUUACAGCCACCAUCAAAAUUAUUCUGAUCAACCAUCACAAAGCUUCCAACAUGUCUGCCAAUAAUUUGUGCUAUCUUCUCCAUAAAGUAGGACAUUGGUAAAUGAUGAACUUGCAGCCAGAAAUUCUCAUGCAGUAAUGGCACAGUCAUUUGAUUUUCAUUAGCCUCCAGAUGGUGUAAAAUCAAUAAACAGUUAUCAUAAGUCCAAGGGCCUUCAGCCAGGACCCUAUUAACAUCAACUUCGUGGAACAAUUGGAAGAUAUACCUCUUAUCACCUGCCUCCCUGGUAUUAACCCCUCUUCCGGGUCUCCAUCUGUCAGCCAUCGAAUCUCUAAAGAAGGAAAAUUGAACUUGUUUGUCUGUAAGAAUUUGGCCAACCACUAUAAAAAGAGAGAAAGAUGGCACCUCGUCUGUAACUGCUUCAUCAAUGUCAACCUCCUCAGUAUCCACGUCAUCUAAGGACAAUCGAGCACACAAAUCUUCCAUAGUAUCUGUCAUUAUGUACUCCAGAUUAUACAGGCUCGCGAUCACAAAGACAAUGAAAACCAGUGAAGGAAUCAUAAACCCUAGAAAGCCAGGGAGGGAAACCGUUUCUCUUUUUUUAUAUAACUAUGUCGUUAUUAUGCUUGAGUUUUGGUUUUCUAUUGAAAGAAAUUGAAAUUUGUGGUGAAUGUGAUGUGGCUAGUUAGAGAUCUAUUCUUACUUCUUGGAGGUUAAAAAAAAUACUUUUUAAUUAUGUCAAAUAAUGUGUUCAUUUUAUAAUGUUGUAUUUUCUUGGAAAAAGUACGGAUAACCUACCUGUGGUUAAGGUCAUUUGCGGAGAGGGUCCUGCGUUUAACUUUUUCCCAAACUAAUAUUCGUGGUUUAAUUCCGUUAGCGCCACAGGGGGCUCAGCCCAUUUCCGUUAGGAAAUAAUGACGUGGCCCGUUAAUGGCUGCCGCGUGGGGGAAAUUUAUCCACGUCAGAAUCUAAUUUGAAUUACAUGUGCAAUAUGACUUAAGUGCGGGCCUGUUUUACUUGCUACGAACGGAUUACAGUACCAAACGACAAUUUAGGGCACGGUUAUUCUACGAAGAAGAAGAAGCUCACUCAAAAUUUCUUGUUGCUGCUCUUUAGGUCAGUUUAAUACUCAUGAAAGCUACUUCACUGUUGGGUUUCGUUAUUGUGUGUGGCGUCGUUAAAGUUAGGGAUGAAGCACAGAUGGAAUUAAAUGUUUAGUUUUGGUUAUUUUUGUGAUUUUUUUGUAGAGGCUGGGAAUGGACGAUGAGCACGUGAACCUGUGGAUUCACCAUGGUGGGAAAUGGGAUUGUCCGAAGAAGAAGAAACAAUAUUUGGGAGGUGAGGUAAAGAAAAUGGAGAAUGUGGACAUAGACUACCUUAGUAAGUUUGAGUUAGAUGGGUAUGCUCAGGACUUGGGUUAUACGAAUGGGGUAGAUAUGUGGUUUAGAAGGUUUAGUGAGAUGUGUGGGCCUGUUUCUUUGCAAGAAAUUGGUUGUGAUAAAGAUGUGCAGGACAUGUUGGUUUGCAAGAUCAUGGACCCACACAUUGAUGUCUAUUUUGUUUCUAAAAAUAGUAAAAAGGGGAAUUUUUCAAAAAGCCCCCCCAAACCUAAUUCCAAAAAUUCAGCCCAGACUUCUUUACCUAACCAAACUGUUGAGGCAACCCACUGUCAAUUGCCUACCCAAACUUCAGAGGAAGCCCACACUACAUUGCCUACCCAAAGUCCACCAAUAUACCACACUCCACCAAUUACCCGAUCUGAAGAUCCAACUGAUCCAAGCCUUACUAUUUUAGGAAUCCAAUUUGGUGAGGAAAGUGAGCCAGAUGAAGAUUAUCAGUGCUCAACCCCUGUGAGUGAUAGCUCUUCUAUUUACCAGUCUGAUUCCAACCUUAGUGAAACCACCUGGUUGUAUGAAGAUCUACAAGGAAGUGAGGAAGAGUUGUUCCAUGAGGCAAUAGAUGAUUUAGAAGAGGACUUGGCAGAAAAAGCAGAAAAAGCAGAAGAAGCAAAUGAGGGUAGGCUUGUUGAGCAUACAGUGGUAAAUGAAGAAGAUUUGGGGGAAUUCAAUGAAAUUCCUGCCUAUAGUGAAGAUCUACAUAGCCUCAGGGGAUCAUCAGAUGAUGAGGCUGGGCAUGGUCAGUUUACCUAUGGAACCACAUCUAAGGUCAGUGAUUUGCGCAAAGGUAUGAAAUUUUCUUCACAUCAUGAAUUCAGAAAAGCACUAAAGGAUUGGGCUAUCAAAGCUGGAUUUGAUUUCACAUAUCAGAAGAACACUAGAGCCAAUAUCUCUGUUGUAUGUAAAAAUAAGGAAACAUGUUCAUUCAGGGUCCAUGGUUCACAGCUUAGGGAUGCUCCUUAUUUUGAAAUCAAAACUUUUAGACCUAAGCAUGACUGUCCUUUUACUAAUAGAAAUUGUUUAAUCAGUAGCACGUAUUUGAGUGAAAAAUAUUUGGAUGAGUUAAGGGACAACCCAGACUGGGAUGUCAAUGCUAUGCAAAAAACAAUUCAAAGACAGUUGCGUGCAGAAGUCAGUCUAGCCAUGUGCUACAGAGCUAGGGUUAAAGCUAAGGCCAAGAUUACUGGUGACAUUAAAGAGCAAUACAGAAGGUUGAGAGAUUAUGCUGAAACUGUCAUCAAGUUUAACCCUGGCAGUGUUGUUAAGAUAAAAACUGAGCUCAGGGAGGUUGAGGAAGAGGUUGGUGGUGGUGAAGAAGGGGUUCAUAGGGUACCCAGAGAGCUGCCCAUGUUACAAUACAUGUACAUGAGAUUCACAGCACAAAAGCAAGGUUAUUUUUCAGGUAUAAGACCCUUGAUUUGUCUUGAUGGCUGUCAUUUGAAGACUUCUAUGGGAGGGCAACUGUUGUGUGCAGUUGCUAGGGAUGGAAAUGAAAACAUGUUUCCUAUAGCCAUUGCUUAUGUUGAUAGUGAAGACAAAGCAUCUUGGACAUGGUUUCUUGAGGUGAUGUUUGAAGAUUUUGGAAGACCAGAAGAGACUGAUUGGGUGUUUAUGUCUGACAAGCAAAAGGUAUUAUUUUACCUUAAAUCUGGUUCUUAUGUGUGUUAGGAUAUUAUAUUACUUGAAUUUAUAUGUGUUAUGUCUUCCAUACUUUUUCACUCUGAUUUCAGGCCCUAUUUGGUCUCUACUUUUUUUAUCUUUCAGGGGUUAGUUGAGGCCUUUAAGGCAGUAAAUCUGAAGAAUGAGCACAGGUAUUGUGUAAGACAUAUGUAUGAGAACUUUCGCAAAGUCUUCAGUGCUGGGGAGUACAAGAAGAAACUGUGGUUAGCUGCAAGCACAGGGAGCUUGAGGUCAUGGCAGAAAAGAAUGGAGGGGAUCAAGACCUUUGAUGAGGCUGCCUACAACUGGUUGAUGCAAUAUGAUCCCAAGACAUGGAGUAGGGCUCAUUUCUCUCCACAUGCUCAUUCUGACGCGCUUCAAAACAACAUGUGUGAGUCCUUUAAUGCAUACAUUCUUAGAGCUAGAUCUAUGCCCAUACUUAGCAUGUUUGAAUGGAUAAGGAAAAGGAUGAUGAAGAGAUUUCAUGUGAAGUACACUGCAAUGUUGAAGUAUAAAGGUGAUAUAUGUCCAAAUAAACAGGAUCUCCUUGAGAAAUUGAAAUAUGAAAGUAGGAACUGUUAUGCCACCCCAGCUGGGGAUAAACUGUAUGAGGUGGAUUUUUAUGAUACUAGUCAUGUGGUCAAUUUGAAAGAAAAAAGUUGCACAUGUAGAAUGUGGGAUUUAAAUGGAAUUCCAUGUAAGCAUGGCAUAUGUGCAAUAUUUGCUAAUAGGGAAAAACCAGAGACAUAUGUCAGCUCAUAUUACUCAAAAGCCACAUACCUAGCUGUCUAUGAACACAUCAUUCACCCUGUGCCAAGUAAAGAAGAAUGGGAGACCACAGAGUUUCCUGACAUUCUGCCCCCAGUUCCAAGAAAACCAGCUGGUAGGCCCAAAAAAAAGAGGGUAAAACAGGCUGAUGAAAGCAGGAAUCCAUAUAAAGUAUCUAGGGCUGGGAAACAAGUACUCUGUGGAAAUUGUAAUCAAGUAGGCCACAAUGUUAGAGGGUGCAAAACCUCAAUUACAGGGGAAACACCAUGGCAGAGAAGGAAUAGAUUAGCUAAGGUUAAGGCUAGGCAAGCUGAAAGGGAUGGUGAGAUACAAGAGCAGCCACCCUGUACUGGCCAUCAACCUGUGAGUAGAGCAAACACAAAACCAACCAAGAAGAGAGGCAGAGGUAGCACACAGCCCGAGCCAUCAUGCAGAAGAGUAACUAGGAGUUGCAGUUCACAACCAUCUAUGAAUGGUAAUGCUGGAAAUAAUUGAAGGUUACAGGAGGAGGCAGGAGUAUCAUCAUAAUAUGUUCAUGGUGCUUAUGUAAUGGGAAUGUAAUUGUAAAAGCCCUUUGGGUUGUUUUUGCCUUGUAUUGACACAUUUGGUUAAGUUUAUGCGUAAUGUAAAUGUAAAAACCCAUUGGGUUCUUUUUGCCUUCUAUUGACACAUGUAAUUGUUUAUGAUGUGUAUUGACACAUUUGGAUAACUUUUGGAUGCUUAUGACAGACAUGUUUUGUAACAUUUGGCUAGGGGUGUGUAACGUACAA